GCGGCCCUGCGGGGCGGGGCGGGGCGGGGCCGCCAGGGGGCGGGGCGCACGCGCCGGGGGCCCCGCGCUCCCUCAGGCGGCGCGAUGGCCAUGGCGGCGAUGGCGGCGGUCGUGUCCCGCUGCGCCGGCGGCGGAGCCUCCCGGGCGCUGGCCCUGCGGUGCCGCCGGCUGCACACCGUGUACCAGAGCGCCGAGCUGCCCGAGACACACCAGAUGCUGCGGGAGACCGUCCGGGACUUCGCGGAGAAGGAGCUGAUGCCGCUUGCAGCGCAGCUGGACAAGGAGCACCGCUUCCCGGCCGAGCAGGUGAAGAAGAUGGGUGGCUUGGGGCUGCUGGCUAUGGACGUGCCAGAGAAGUACAAAGGAGCAGGCCUCGACUACCUGGCCUAUUCCAUCGCCGUGGAGGAGAUCAGCAGGGGCUGUGCAUCCACCGGCGUCAUCGUCAGCGUCAAUAAUUCCCUGUAUUUAGGGCCAAUACUCAAGUUUGGCUCUGAAGAGCAGAAGCACCAGUGGAUCGCUCCCUUCACCAGUGGAGAGAAAAUUGGAUGUUUUGCUCUCAGUGAACCAGGAAAUGGCAGUGACGCGGGUGCAGCCUCCACCGUGGCACGCCUGGAUGGGGACGAGUGGGUUCUGAACGGCACCAAGGCCUGGAUCACCAACGCCUGGGACGCCUCAGCCACCGUGGUGUUCGCUACUACAGAUAAAUCCCUGAAGCACAAGGGCAUUAGUGCAUUCCUGGUUCCCAUGCCAACACCUGGGCUGUCACUGGGGAAGAAAGAAGACAAACUGGGAAUCCGAGCCUCUUCCACUGCCAACCUGAUAUUUGAGGACUGCCGGAUACCCAAGGCCAACCUCCUGGGGCAGCCAGGAAUGGGCUUCAAAAUUGCCAUGCAAACUCUGGAUGGAGGAAGGAUUGGUAUUGCCUCACAGGCACUUGGAAUAGCACAGGCAGCUCUCGACUGUGCUGUGGAUUAUGCUGAGAAGAGAAUGGCCUUUGGGUCACCCAUCACAAAGCUCCAGGCAGUGCAGUUCAAGCUGGCAGACAUGGCUGUGGCCUUGGAGGGUGCGCGCCUGCUGACCUGGAGAGCUGCUAUGCUGAAGGACAAUGGAAAGCCCUUCACUAAGGAAGCAGCAAUGGCCAAACUGGCUGCAUCAGAAGCUGCAACAUCCAUCGCUCAUCAGGCUAUCCAGAUCCUGGGUGGGAUGGGCUACGUGACAGAGAUGCCAGCGGAACGGCACUACCGUGACGCUCGGAUCACCGAGAUCUACGAGGGGACCAGUGAGAUCCAGAGACUGGUGAUCGCAGGCCAGCUGCUGAAGGCCUACCGAGGCUGAGGAAGCUGCCUGGAGCAGCACACUGCCGCAAGUGCCUUGUAAUGGUGCACAGUGGUGGAGUCUGACCCUCUUGCAUGAGGCUGUUGAGGCUGUGGAUGGAGGUUUUCCUCACCAAUGAAUAACUAUGACUCUCUAGUUAAAAUGUGCUGAUUCUUCUUUGGACAAAGUAUGGCACACAGAGGCUGGACUGAGGUUUGUAAGUGGUGGCUGUGAGCGCAGGAAGGAGGCAACUUGUGCUUGGGGCUUUUCCUAAAGUGGACUGUUGGAAUGGCUUGGUAGUGGCAAAAUGACAGCACUUGCCAGCCACUGCCUAUUUUGCUAAAUUUGUCACUACAGGGCACUGGACAACCAGUGCCAGAGUUAGAGGUACUGAGAGCCAUGACCCCUGUGCCAUGCUUCAGGCUGCUGGUCACGUGCCUCUGCAGAUCCAGUGAACUCACUGGAGUUCAGGUGUGGGAGCUCCUGAUGGGACAGCCUGGGCUGAGGCAAUCCCUGCAGCAGGGCCCUUCUCACUUCCAGCAGGAGAGGAGACAGACAGGAGGACACGCAGGGACAACCCACACAGGGCUCUGAGCACAGACUGGUUGCUGUCUGCACAGAUGUGAAAACAGAUCAGAAAGAAUCCCUUGAUCUGGGCUAGCAGAGCCCAGCACCUGCUCACUCAGCUGCCCUGGGAUGUAGGGAUAGAAGCCAAGGACAUCAAACCUGAAAUGCCUAGGACUGCUUUGUAAAAAAACCCAAAACACCAAAAAACCCCUCUGCUCCCAAAUCUGCUUCUGCAAUAUCAACAAGAAAGGAAGUGCCUGAUAGGGCAGUAACAGCUUUUAAUCUCUACAUGUUUUGGGCAAUGAGGAAAUGAAGAGAUGACACCCAAACCUCACCAGGAAGCUUUAGCAGUAGCACAUCCUCAGUCAGUGAUCACUGAUAAGACAUUAACUUUAGAAGUGUCAACAGCCAAAGGAAAAGCUCUAAACUCAGGAGAAGAGGGAGAGGAUUAAGACUAGAGCCUGUAUGGUCCAGUCUGCCUCCUUGUCCAAACAAGUUCACUAGAGGGAAAUGGUUAUUUUCCUGUGGUGCCUUUUAUUUAGACUUGUGUGCAGAGAAGACUAACAGGAUUCUGUUAGAGAAUGAGAGAGCAGAGAAGCAGAGAGCAGAGAAGACAAAUAAAACCGGAUUUUAAAGGA